AUCGGUCGGAGUAUUGUCGAGUGCCUGUUUGCUGUCAUCUAACCUGAUUUAACAGUUGGUACAUAUAUCGGUGGCUGUCAGACGUUGACGGGAAUUUGAAAAUGGGACUCUUCACCAGCCUUCGUCUGACAUUUCCAGUGCCUCCCAAGUAACACGGCUUGUUUGACUUAAUUGCGUUCGCGCUUUUGUAUCUACCCCCACAUUAUUUCUUCUCCACAUCGCUGCCGUACAAUUGGUUCAUGAAAUUUCAUGAUACUGGUUGAUUUUUAAGCUGAAUCGAAUGCCCAACAAACUCAAAUCCACCCGUCUCCCUAAGGUCUCGCCUUCUCAAAUUCAAUUCAACGGUCCCGCUAGGCAAAUACAAAGCGAGGAUCCCUUUGCCCGUGACGGUGAUGUUACUACGCCACUUGGCUCACCGCCGGCCUUGGUGAUUCGAGCAACCUCAGAUUAUGAAGCAAAACAUGCCGGCCAACUUUCGUUCCAAGCCGGUGAAUUCUUUCAUGUGACUGACGUCUUCACAGACCUUGAGGGCGCCUCCUGGUUCCAAGCCGAAAAUCCAUUGAAUUCUGUCCAGGGGAUCGUCCCGUGCACUUACUUCCGAAAAUACGGACCUAGCAGGCCAAGCAACUUGCGUCCAAUAGAGAAGGGCUCUAAUCGCCGUGUCAAGUCUCAACUCUUUCAAGUCUUCGCCAGAGGGAAAGGCCCUAUUCCCUUGACUCUACCCGCUCCCAAUCUAAGGAAUCAAAGCUCCGCUAGCUCUGAAUCAUCUCAAACCGCAGAGCCCAAGCCGUCAAUUUCAAAUACCAGGUACCAGUCACUUUUUGGAACUAUGAAGUACACAUUUACGGCUGAGCGACCGGAUGAACUGAGUGCUCGCUACGGAGAGCCAGUAAUUAUUAUGGCCCAUAGUGCUGAAGAGUGGUUUGUGGUAAAACCUAUCGGCCGCUUAGGUGGACCUGGCUUUAUCCCAGCCUCGUACAUUGAAAUUCAAGAAAUCCAAACUUGUAGGGUCCUUUCGUCGGAGCAAGGUCGAGACUUGAUCCGUAGAUCAGUUAUUCCUACCGUAGAAGAAUGGAAAGAACGCGUAGCUCACUACAAGGCGUGUAGCAUUACCCUUGGUGUAAUUACAGGAAGCGACUCGGUGUCCCUGAAUACCCCUCCGCGAGAACGAACCAAUCCCCUCGGACCAGGUCUCGUCACAGGAAAUUAUACUGCGACAUCAGAUGACCAAGGCUCAGGAUAUCACACCACAACUUCAGCUCAACAAGACCCCGGCGUGAUAGAUUGGCGAAAACGACAGGCGGCAUUUAUUCAAUGUGCUCAAGAGGAUGAGGGGCUCUCACUCGUUGAAGAGGAAGAGGAUGACGAUCUUACUUCAAAGGCCCGGAUUAUGAAGCGAUACGGAACCCUCCAAAAAGUCAAUGUGACGUCUUUCCAUCGCGAACAGGGUAAUUUUUGGUACCAGGUUCAUGCUCAUUUUCAACACUCCGACGUUGGCCGUAGGCGGCGAGCAUUGGUACUUUACCGACUAGAAUCUCACAUCGAGACGCUUGAAAGUGACUUACGAUCCGAAUUUCAAAGUAGUCAAACCCUCCCCAAGCUUACUUCCUCUCCACCACCGGCCGAUGAAAUGGCUUGCGCCCGUCGAAUGGAGGAGCUGAGAGAUUAUUUCGAUGAGUUUUCCGGAUUGCCCGAAUCGAUUCGUACAUCUGAGGCGAUCUGUGAAUUUCUGAGUUCCAGACAGGGCGAUAUGGAGUUGGACGAUUCUGACGGGGAAGCUGAGAAGCCCUUUGACAAAUCGAACUUGUCCAAUUCGCAGCUCAAGCCGCCCACCCUACAGCUACCGGCUGGAGCCAACAAGCCGUUUUCAACUGCAGAGACUUUGCGGCAAGCCCUCAUCAGUUCGCAGAGGAUAGAACUGAGCGACGAUGUCCGCAGCUGGAUAACGAGUUGUGAUGCCGCCAGCCCCAACGGAUUUGACUUUUCAGUUGAAGAGCCAAGCUAUUCAACCCAACCCUCUUCGAUCGAUCGCAGUUCGUCUCCCUCUCUGAGCACCAAAUCGCAUGUUUCUUCCCUCAAAUCUGAUGUCCCGGAUCAACCUACCUCAUCUCACGAUUGUGACUCAGAGUAAAUCAGUAGUUUGGAUGACCACCCAAUCCGCGAGGUCAAUCCACUUCGAGAUUCGAGCAACUCGAGCAACAAUAAUAUUCCAAAAGACAAACAUGACUCGACUUUUUCAGUAAAUCCGAGUAUUUGUUUAGCCACCAAACUGACUGUCAUUUGAAAACCCGCUGAACAAUCACUUUAAUCGACACUUGACCCAGCUGCGGUGCAGAAAAUUUCACAACUAUCUCAUAAUUCUGUACAACUCUCAAAUUCUCUCAAUUAUCUGUUAAUACCAGAAGUCAAGCUGCCUUCUCACUACUAUCGUUUACUUUUCCUCUCCGUCCUCCUUUUUGUUUCACUUGAAGAUCACGAUAUCUCUUGGUAUCUAUGAUAACUUGGCGGACACACAGUUAAAUUUUUCUGGUUCUUGUAAUAAUUUCAGUCUCUCAUUUAUCAUAACUGUCUUGCUCGGGCUCAUCUUGCUUGCUAUGUUACAUGUAUUCUUCCCCCCUAAGACUACUACGUAUUGGGGGUUUCAAAUCCAUUCUUUUUGGUCAAUGUUCACCAAUAAUUUAGGUCGUAAGAGUUGCUUUUCAUAAUGUACUAGAAUCAGAGGCAUGCAUCUCCUUUUUUUACAAUUCAGAUUGCUGCAUUGGCCCUCUCGUGUGGGGUUACAGCCGAACUUCAAAUCAUAGCACUUCAAGUACAAAUCUUGGAGAUCAAUGAAGCCACCCAGGACUUGAUCUUGG